AUGGCGCACUUAUUUCUGCAAAAACGAGAUCUAAAUGCAAUGCACUUCACCUUGCAGCAGAAAAAAAACAGCAAAGAAACAUUUGAAAUUUUAAUUUCACAUGGUGCAAAAAUCAACAUUACAGAUAAUGACGGAUUAACUGCUCUACAAUAUGCAUCUCGUAACAAUAAUACAGAAAUAGCAGAACGUCUGAUUUCACUUGGUGCAAAUGCAAAUCAAAAAACUAACAAGGGAAUAACUCCAUUGCACUAUGCUGCAGAAAAUAAAAAUAAAGAUACAGCAACACUUCUAAUUGCUCAUGGUGCUGAUAUCAAUGCAAAGGAUAACGAGGAAAAAACAGUUCUUCAUUAUUCAGCACUUAAAAAUAGCAAAGAAGUUGCAGAAAUUCUUAUCUCACGUGGUGUUAAUAUCAAUUCAAAAGAUAAAGAAGGAAAAACACCACUUCAUGAAUCUGCAGUUUUUCAAUCUAAAGAAACAAUAGAAUUUCUUGUUUCAAAUGGUGCCGAAAUCAAUGCAAAAGAUAAUGAUGAGCAAUCUGCCCUACAUAUUGCAGCGUUGCAUAAUUCUACAGAAUCAGCAAAAUCGCUUAUUUUACUUGGCGCAGAUCCAAAUUUAAAGGAUAAAAAAGAAAAGACUCCAUUGCAUAUUGCAACAGAAGAAAUUAACAAGGAUUUAGUAAUAUUCCUUGCUUCACAUGGUGCCGAUGUUAACUCAAAAUGCGAUACCGGAAUGACUGCACUUCAUAAAAUCGCCGAUUGCAAAUUGGCAGCUAUGAGCAACCCAAGAAUGAAAAGUCCUGAAAAAGAAGAUGCAAAGGCAAUUGCAGAAUUUCUUAUUUCAAAUGGUGCAGAUGUCAAUGCAAAAGAUAAUUUCCAAAGAACACCCUUAAAUUAUGCAGCAAGAAUUAAUCUGAAAGAAAUCGCAGAAAUUCUAAUUUCAAAUGGAGCUGAUGUUUCUAUGAAAGAUGAUCAUGAAAAGACCAUUCUUCAUUAUACAGCAAUUAGUGAUGCGGGCGAAAUCGCCGAACAUUGUAUUUCACUUGGUGCUAAUGUCAACGAAAAGGAUGAUGAAGGAGAAACACCACUUCAUACUUGUGCUAGAUUCAACAGUGAUGAAACAGCAAAAAUUCUUAUUGAACAUGGCGCAGAUGUCAAUGCAAAAGACAAUCAAGGAAAAACAGUUCUAAAUAUUGCAGAAGAAAAAAAUAACAAAAGAAUGAUAGAGGUUCUAACCUCACAUGCUGCAGAUAUCAACACAUAG